CAAGAGCAUAAGUAAGGAAAGAUAGGGUUUCUUUCGGCUUUCGGGGCUUAGCAUGUUACAAGUCUUUGUUCCGCACACAUAUAUAUUUAAAUAAUAUAUUUAAAGCUACUUAAUUUCAAGGUAACAACAGCACAACUCAGAAUUUUAACAAAGCUUAAACAACUCCGGGACCUUUCUAUUGAGUUGAGCCCUGUAAUUUUUUUUUGUCUGUUUAUUGCAUGAAAGUGGUGAAGCCAUGUCAAUGGAUCUCAGUGAUUUUACCAUUGUCAAGGAAGGAGAGGCUGAGAUUUUGAUGCACGCUAAGAAUGAAGUCUUUUACAAUAAAUCCCAGGUUAACAACAGGGACAUGUCCAUUGCUGUCUUGAGGACUUUUAUAGCCAAACAAAAAGAAGAACGUGAAGCAAGGUUGUUAAAAAGAAGGAAAGCUGGGACAAAGGCAUCCGAAAGGGAUGCUUCAGAACAUGUUCUAGAAGAGGAAUCUAAUGGAUCUGCUGGAAAUGGUGAGGUGUCCAAUGGAGAUUGCGAAAUGCAAGAAAAGACCCAAGAUGAAGCUUGUGUUGUUUCAGAAGAGGCGGUCAAGAAUACAGAGGGAAAAUGGCCAGUAGAAGUGAAGGCCCCAAAAGUUCUAGAGGCUCUCUCAGCUUCUGGUUUAAGAGCUCUAAGAUAUGCUCGAGAAGUGGAGGGAAUUGGUCAAGUUGUAGCUCUUGACAAUGAUAAAGUGUCAGUGGAAGCUUGUAGGAGGAACAUAAAGUUCAAUGGUUCAGUGGCUUGUAAAAAGGUGGAAUCACAUCUUGCUGAUGCUCGAGUAUACAUGCUCACUCACGCUAAUGAAUUUGAUGUGGUUGAUCUUGAUCCUUAUGGUUCACCUUCUGUAUUCUUAGACUCUGCAGUUCAGUCAGUUGUUGAUGGAGGCCUGCUGAUGUGUACAGCAACUGAUAUGGCAGUGCUUUGCGGGGGGAAUGGGGAGGUUUGCUACUCAAAAUAUGGUUCCUAUCCAUUGAGGGGAAAAUAUUGCCACGAAAUGGCCUUAAGGAUCCUCCUAGCCAGCAUUGAGAGUCAUGCCAAUCGUUAUAAACGAUAUAUAGUUCCUGUGUUAUCCGUUCAGAUGAACUUCUACAUUCGAGUAUUCGUCCGUGUCUACUCAUCUGCAAGUGCAAUGAAGAACACUCCUCUUAAGCUCUCCUAUGUUUAUCAGUGCACUGGCUGUGAUUCAUUUCAUCUACAGCCCCUUGGAAGGGAAAUCACCAAGGUGAAUAAACAUUCCGUCGGAGAGACAAUGGAGGAGCAAAAGAUGAAACCAAACAAAGGAAAGAACAACAACUCCAGAUAUCUGCCUGGUUAUGGCCCUGUUGUUCCUCAAGAGUGCAGUGACUGUGGGAAGAAAUUCAAUAUGGGAGGCCCUAUAUGGUCUGCUCCCAUCCAUGAUCAAGAAUGGGUUACUUCUAUACUAGCAGGUGUGAAAUCUAUGAAGGACAGAUAUCCUGCAUACGACCGCAUUUCUGCCAUCCUAACUACAAUUUCAGAGGAAUUACCUGAUGCUCCCCUGUUCUUGAGUUUGCACAACCUCUGUGCCACUCUAAAGUGCACUUCUCCUUCUGCUGUGAUGUUCAGAUCUGCCGUAAUCAAUGCUGGGUAUCGUAUUUCAGGAACUCAUGUAAAUCCAUUGGGAUUGAAGUCAGAUGCUCCCAUGGGUGUCAUUUGGGACAUUAUGCGGUGUUGGGUCAAAAACCAUCCAGUCAAAGCACAACCACCAGAGCAGCCCGGAAGUGUGAUACUUUCAAAAGAACCAGUUCUUCAAGCUAAUUUCGCGCGAGCCGUUGCCUCUCUAAGCAAAGCACAAGCCAAGAAGAUUGCUCGCUUCCUUCCAAAUCCUGAAAGGCAUUGGGGUCCGAAGCUCAGGGCCGGACGUCAAAUCACCUCCAAACAUAUUUCUCUUUUAGGGGCAGAUGUGGUGAAUAACCUUCUUAACCAGGAAGAUGGUGAGCAACACGAUGCCAAUAAUAACCUUAAUGAGGAAGAUGGGGAACAACACGAUGCUAAGCGACAAAAGACAGAAGAAAAAGAAUCAGAGGAAAAUCACGAGCCAGUAUCGUGAAAGAAAGGGGAGUGCAAGUCUUCCUCUAUGGUUCAAUUUAUGUGCAAAAAUUGCUAUUGAUAGUCUUGGAGCAGCGUGAAAGAGAAUUAGAAUUUUACAAAAAUUUUGGUUAUGGAACUUUUUAUAUUAUUUCGUUUCAAGUUUUACUAAAUUUGUUUGACUCACUACAUAUAGCAUGCACGGUGAAGUGAGACAUAAAUGCCGUCUAUUGAUUUUGUGAAGUUGGCCUUUAUUUUUUUGGUCCAUUAAUCUUCUCUCUUAUUCUUUUGGCUA